AACGGUAGGGUACAGGUGGUGAUACCCCCCAUCCAUAACCGUUGGAGAGUGGCUCACUGUGCAGUGUGCAGUCCCGGCAUCAGACGUCGCAGGCGCAUAACGCUUCCAAAGCUUCGGAGAGCUUGCAAUACGUGAUAGUGCGUUUUGGUGAUUGUUUUUUUAACUGCUUUAGUUGUUUUUCGUGGUAGCAGAGUAAUCGGGGCAGAUAGUAGUAACGGUUGGCUCCGCGCUCAAGUGUGGCAGACUGCAAGCAUGACGAGUGCCGGAGGCUGCGCUCUCGUGCUUAUCUUUUUGAUUGGGAGUGCAUCUGGUCAGGACUAUGAUGUAACAGACAUACAGUGUACAUUCGCAAGUACCGGCUCAGGGAUCCGUGACUCGGUCACAGCCUUACUUCGGAAGCCCGAGGGGUUUCGCGGAGCACCCCUAUUCGCUGACGAUAGAGCGACAGACCCCGUGGCUGACCCCAUGUGCCAGAUUCGUCCUGAACCGGAGGACCCCACAGGAUUACUCUAUAGAUUACGGAUCGCCGACUUUACAAAAUGUGGAGUGCUAAAACGGAAUGGCUUCGUUCACGUCCGUGUAUGGUUCCCUCAAUUCCCCGGAGUAGUGAUGCAGUCAGAUCAAGAGCUGAUCAUCAUGUGCAAGCCGCCAGAGCCAACUAUCAUAGAGAACAAAGCUGCAGGAUUUGCCGGUAGUUUUCCACACGGUGCCCGCGUAUCAGGGGUGGUUGAAGAGACUCCUGGCAGGCUGGAGUAUGAAGUAGCGUUGUACAAAGAGGCACCACCUCUAUCCCGACACUCCAAUCACUCAGUAGACAUGCCUGUCGACCAGGCAGUUCCGAUUGGUACAAAGCUCCAACUACGCGCGCGCAUUAAUCCUGAUUCGGCAUGGAGGCACAUAAAGCUAUUAGAAGUAGCUGUGUCCCCAGACCCAGAUAGACCUCACGCAGCCGGCGCUGUCUUAUUGGUUAAGGAUGGAUGUCGCAACCGAGACUUCGCGUCAAUCAUCCCCCACCAGCCAGCGCGUUACCGAGAGCGGCAUAACGAGGUCUUUUUGGAUUUCGAAGCUUUUCUCCUAGCGUCAAUGAAAGAACGGUCUACUCUAUGGAUACACUCCCAGAUUAAGGCUUGCAUGGAACCAGCUGACUGUCAACCGGACUACUGUCUGGAUUUGUACGAAACUUCAGGUCAUGGUCGUCGCAAAAGAUCGCUAGCGGGUGCAGUGGAACACAAUAUAACCAGCGCCUCACUGGUCGCUGACAAUGGAAGUACACCGUUCACUCGCUUCAAAGAGAAUCUUGAAUAUUCAGUAAUUAUGCCGGGAGAACUCUUCCAUAGAACACCGAUAGAGGCAACCUGUGCGACAUCUAUGAUGAUAUCUGUGGCACUAGGCACUCUGCUGUUUAUGUCCGCAUUGCUGAUGUGCUACCUCGCAACAAAAUUAAAUUCAACAAUGAUGAAAAACAGCAGCCUACCGACUAGAGGAAAAGGCUUCGAGCAGAUUUUACGAGAAUUGGCUCACCAUUCGAUCCCCGACACGGGAUAUACGGGACGGCCUACUGUGCAAUGAUAAAAUAAAAUGAGUGUACCUAUACCUCGUGAUACGUGCUACAGAAUGUUACUUUAUAAGGAUCAAAUCCAAAUACGUAGCAUAGAGAUAGAAAUAGUUUUAAGAAAUGCGGCCUAAUCCAUUAUUUCAUUCUUCUCACUUAAAGUAUUAAAAACAAAAUGAACCUCAGCCCGUUUUAACUAAAGACAUUAAUAUGUUGACAAAGACAAGUAAAGUAAAUUGUCUUCGUUGUAAUGAAGACACUGAGGCUUUAGUUAAAUGGUGAACUAACUAGUUUUAAAUUUUGAUUUAUUUGCAUACACGCGAUUUAUAUAUGAGAUAUAUUUAUAUGUAUUAAUACAUACUUUGUCAAACGCGUUCAAAAAACUAUUAUUAUUGCCCAAAAACAAGUUUAAAUAUAGCCCAUCAGUAUUACUUAUUCAUAAAAUUUUAUAAAAAAAAUUAUAACAUACUGUUACCUAUAAAUAUAAAUAAAUAUAACAAACCGCGUGGCUGGAAUCUAUAUAAAACCUUUACGAUUUGAGACUAUUAAUAAUUUAAUAGAAGUUUGAAAUUUAGAUGUAUUAAUAUCUACACAACUUGUAAUUUUGUAGAAGAAAUACAGUAAAAUUUCCAAACAAUAAGCUUGGAACAUUUAAAUUAAGUUAAUAAGUAAUUUCUUAAGAUUGGUAGUAUAAAAAGUUACUUUAUUUUGAUUAAGUAUUUAUUUAAAUAAGUUUAUCUUAUUCUUAUGACUGAAAAAUCAGAAGCGACCAUAUGGUUCAAAUAAUUUUUUUCAGUCAUGACAAUGUUUUACGUUUUUGGAACGUUUAUAGAUUUAGCUGUAGCCUGUAAGUAGGCAAUGGCGCCACAUAGUUUAUUAUCAAAUAUUUGUAUUUUGAUUUUAAAUACUAAUAAAACUCUAAAAA